UGAAUUUCAACUAAAUUGCAUUUGAGACAAAAAAAUAUGUCCGUGGUAAAGAAAAAGCGUAUUUCGAAAAAGAAUAAGUCAGCAUGGCGUAAAACAGAUAUAAAAGAUGUAGAAGAAUUUUUGGAAGAGCAGCGACAGGAGGAGCGCGUUGGCUCAUUCACAGAAAAAAAAGACGAUGAACUGUUUAUUGUAGAUGCGACGCCUCUGAAGCCCAAGCAGACUGUCUUAACAGCGAAGCAAAAACGCAAAUUGAACGCUAAAAAACCAUUGCGCUCUUUGGAAGCUCUUAACAAUACCUCGAAAGUUCAGGAUCCAAUUGCUAAAAGAAAUCGUGUUCGACAAAAACGGAAUGGUCGUAAUAUUGAAGAAGAGGUCCGCAAUCCUACUAAACCACGACACUUUCAAGCAAAUAAAGAUAGGGAAGAAUACUACAAAGCUCUUGAAAAGAAGUUAAGCAAAGACCGAAAGAGUGAUAUAGCAGCAAGAGACGUUUGGGCCGAGGAAGAUUUCCGUGACAAAAUGCCUGGUUUGAAAGAUGAAAAAGGCUGGAUAAGCAAAGAGUUAGCAUUGUAUGUGGCAAUGAAUGUGGGCAAGCCAGCAGUAAAAGUACACGACAGCAUACGCCACCGCACAACAAAAGCAAAGAAUUUUGAAGCUCCUCAUCCGGGUAUGAGCUAUAACCCAUCGUUAGAGGAUCACCAAGAUCUGCUAAAAAAAGUGGUUGAUCGCGAAGAAAGAAUUAUAAAGACGGAAAACCAUUUAAAACGUGUCACUACUCAAAUGUUUUCGAAAGUUACCCCAGAAGAACGCGAUAGACGUCGACUGGAAGAAAUGCGUUCUGGAUUAGAUGAGGAAGCUGAAGAUGGCAAUAGCGCUGACGAUGACGACGAAAAAAACAACAAAGCAGAUAGCGAAGCGUAUAAAAGCAUCAAUCCACCGGUUGAGAACAAAAAAAAGAGUAAACAGUCACGCCGCAAAGAAUUGCGACAGAAAGAGUUAAAGAAGAAGCAUGAGGAAAAGAAAGCUCUUAAAAAGCAAACUGCAGACUUAAACAGGAUUAAGUCAAUAAAAGCUGAAGUUGUUGCCGAAGAAGAACAGCUAAAUAUUUUGAAAAAGCAUCGUAAAAAGGUUGCGUUGAAGAAAAAAUUCGAACCGAAACGUUUAGGACGCCUUAAAUACGUGGACCCAGAUAUAGAUGUCAACAUGCCUGAUGAAAUUCCUGGAAAUCUUCGAAAUGCCAAACCCGAAUCAAGUUUAUUGAUUGAUCGAUUUAAGAAUUUCCAGAAACGUAAUAUAUUACCAGUCAGUGUUGCUGCAGGAAAACAAAAAUCAAAGAAGAUUAAACGCUUCCCACGUAGUUCCCACAAGGAUCCUGGUGUGUCAUUCCAAAUGCUCCGGGAACAGCGGAAAGCAGCACAAGCAUAACCGUGGUUGCAAUUAUUUCAAGCUAUUUUUAAGUUUUUGUGAAUUUUUCAAUUAAGAGGAAAAUAAAUUUCGGUUUAUUUAAUUACAAA